AAAGAUUAUAUUUUUCAUUCGUUAUUAGUUAGCCAAAUUCAAAUAGCUUUUCUUGUAAUCCCGCCUAAAUUGAUUUUUUAUGGUCAAAAGAUCAACUGUUUAUUUAAUCUAAACUGUUAUUUUAUGGUAACGAUUAAUAACUUUAAGUUGUCUUGUUUUCCGUAUUCAAAAUGUCAUUUGGUGACAGCCACUGUCGGCGAAUUAGCAAUUAGCAAGCUAACGAAUCUUUGUAUUUAACGUUACGAUAGCGCACACUAACCAGUCAACUAUACGUUCAGAAAACCAAUCAACACAAAGGUCCAGCCACAGUGAUAUGAGCAGAAUGAGAGAGAGCCCCAGGAGACCCCUGAUCCUGAAGAGGAGAAAACUACCAUUUCAAAGAAAUGAUGUCCCUCAUGAUGAGCCAGAUGGCUUGCGACGCAAAGACAUUGUCUCUUCAUCCAGUGCUCAGUGCUUUCCGGAUGGCAUUCGAAUCAUGGAUCACCCGAGCAUGCCUGACACUCAAGUGGUUGUUAUUCCGAAGACUGCGGACCUUAAGAGUGUCAUUGGGGCUCUUACAGCCAAAGGAAAGGAGUGUGGUCCUCAAGGGCCAAACAAAUUUAUCCUCUUGAGUGGCAGUGGCAGUCUUGAAGAAGCAGCAGAGUCUCUUUGCCAGUCCUCAUUGGACACACCAGGGAAAUCAUGUCAGGGUGGCCUGAUCUCUCCAUCUCUAUCAGAAGAAUGCACACUGACAGACUGUCUAGUAGAAAGCAAGUCUCUGACCACUAUUAAACCCUUAAACAAAGAGCUCGAUUGCAGUCCAUUAGAUGACAGCUUGACCAACAUUCAGUGGCUUGGACGGAUGAGCACAGACGGCCUCGGACCUGAUCCUUUGAGGAAAUCUUCAAACAAAGAGAACCAGGAAUCUUGUCAGCAACUUCAACCGCCACCCAGAGACUCUGAUGACGCUGUCAAAGAUCCCCAGUCAGAAAGACCCCCUUACUCGUACAUGGCCAUGAUUCAGUUUGCCAUCAACAGUAAAAAGAGCAGGAGGAUGACACUGAAGGAAAUCUAUACUUGGAUAGAGGACCACUUUCCCUAUUUCAGAAAUGUAGCCAAACCAGGCUGGAAGAACUCCAUUCGCCACAACCUGUCUUUACAUGAUAUGUUUGUACGUGAGACUGCUCAAGACGGCAAGGUGUCUUAUUGGACUAUUCGUCCAGAAGCCAACCGAUGUCUGACACUGGAUCAGGUUUACAAGCCUGUGGUGGACUCCACCACCUCCUCCUCCCUACAAACCCUGCAGGUCUGUGACUCACAACAACAGAAGCGGGGUGUCACAGAGCUGAAGAAAACUACAGCAUCUGUCACAUCAGAGAGGAAGAUGAAGCCUCUCCUGCCUCGGACAGACUCCUACUUGGUCCCAAUCCAGCUGCCCCUGGCAUCUCAACUGUUUUUACCCUCAUCGGCUCAGCUCUCUCUACCUGCCUUGCAGCAGACCUGCAGCUCAUAUGGUGCAGGGAAGAGGGUCCGCAUCGCCCCAAAGGUGCUGCAGAGUGAAGGGCCCUCGUAUAUGAUGUGUAUGCCUUCCUUGGAGGAGGUGGUGAAGGAGGAAUCCCAGAGUAUCCCUGUCAGCAGGGAGACCGGAGCUGGAGCCACAACACACAGCACGAGCAUGGGCAGACGAGAGUCCAGCAGUUCACGGCGCAAGCAGCGCCUGGUCCUGCCCUCCACCGAGGAGCCUGUGCUCCUCUUCCCCGACAGCACUUUCUUUGAUUCGGGCCUGGCCUCCAACAACUCCACUUUCCAGGACACGCGCGAUGCCGAGCUGGAGCAGCAGACACAGCCGCCGCCGCAGCAGCAGCAGCAGCCCAGUGCUGAGCCCGACAGCCCGUCAAGGGAGUACACCUUCAAGACCCCCAUCAAGAGCACUCAGCCGGCCUCGUCCACCCCCAGCAAGCCGCCCGCCACCGUCCUCCCCGAGCCCUGGAGGGUAACGCCACUGGGGAAGGGCGGCCGCAGUGUGCUGGACUUCAGCCCCAUCCGCACGCCCACCGGGCCGUUGCUCACGCCGCAGCGUUACGACAACACCACGUUCAGCUUCAGCAGCACACCCUUCAAGGAGCUGCCGCUCUUCAACUCCCCCCGGGAGCUACUGACCUCAGCGCGGUCCUCCACCUCCGCUUCCACCCCGACCUGCUCCCGUGAGCUCCUCCAGAUGGGGCUCCCGGCCCUCUCCAAUCGCUCCCUGACCGAGGGGCUCGUGCUGGAUACCAUGAAUGACAGCCUGAGUAAGAUCCUGGUGGACAUCAGCUUCUCAUGCCUGGAUGAUGAUGAGCUGGGUGUGGGCAACAUCAGCUGGUCACAGUUCAUCCCUGACCUCAAGUGAACCCACCCCACCCACCGGCAGAUCCUUCAGCCUCUUGUUUUCUGAGCUGCUCACAAAUUAUUUGUUUUGUAACUAUCUUAUUUGUACAUGUUGUUUCUCGGUUUACCUCCCUUUUUCCUUUUUCUCCUGAUUUCAAGCUUCUCUCACUGCCUAUGUGUACUUACUGUGUUGUAUGUUAAAUGUUUGUGCGUGUUGUAAUGUUAUGCCCAGGUCCUUUCUUCACUGCCCUUCAAUUUGGCCCUGAAGAAUAUUUUAAAGGUGCACUCCACCCCUUCGACCAUAUCUAUUUUUAUACCUUUACAGCCUACCUUGCAUCAAAAAUGUCUUCCAUUUUACCAUUUUACUUCUUACACAGAACCUCUCUCUCAGUCUUUUGUAGAUUUCAUAUGGGAAUAAGCCAUAUGACUUAAAAGUCCAAUCUCUGAGACUAAAGGUUUAAAGCAACGGGUAAUCAUUCAUUCUCUAUUCAUGAUUGAAACUUGAGCAUCACAUUUAUUGGAAUGUGUACUCUGCUCCCUGAGUGAAAUCUUCCAUUGAGCAGUAGUCAAAGAGUGACUGUGUAUGGACCUUCUCACUAUCUAUGUACAUGGCUGGAGUGCACCUUUAAAACCAACUAAGCAUAACAAAUGAGAGAAUGUCGAUAGAUAAACGUUGAUUUGCACAUUUUGUAAUAUAUAUGUAUCUAGCUGUUGAAAUUUAAAAUUCACAUAUUUUGAUUUAACUAACUGCCAGAGGAGACACUACUAUGCUAGCUAAGAAAAAAAAAAGACAUGUAUGCUUUAGCUGAGAAGGGAGAACUGCCAGACUUAAAAGUGAAGGAAAAAUAGAGACAGUGAAAAAAAACUUGGUUUAGACACAGAAAUAAAGGACCAUUUUGCAAUAGCUGAAAUGUUAUAACUGUGCAGCAUAUUAUACGAUGGAAACUGAAGGUAUAAUCUGUUUCAGUGCACUUUUACACUUCAAUAACUAGUUUUUGUGUAUCUUCACAUGAAUAAUGCUUGGCUUGUCUACCAUUUGCUAUGAAUGAUCUUGGCAUUCUGCCUUUCAGCAGUCACCUAAGUGGGACAUUGUCAAAGUGACUUGCUGCUCUGUUGCUUGUCCUAUGUGCCUGGUUAUUCUCAAUAAAUCAGUGUACAGUAAACAUCAA